AUGCAAUUCUUACCAUCACUUCUUACGUUAUUAUUGACAGCAUCAUCGCAUUUUGUACUGGGACAAUGCCCAAUGGGUAGUAUACCGUUUUUAAGCGGUUAUCGGUGUAUAUCGAACAUACAAUGUCAGAAUAUCUCUCCAGAAUAUUAUUGCUUCCAUGGAGUUUGCUGCUCAAAUAAUUCAGGUACAGUAAAUACAGUACCAUAUGGUGGAUACUGUACGAUGACAGUACAAUGCAAUACAUUUGGCGCAAAAUGCAUUUCACACGUAUGCCAAUGCGCCAGCGAUUCUAAAUACGAUGGCUAUUCAUGUACUGCAAUAGCUCCAAUCUUUUGUCCAUCAAAUCAAAUUUCGAUAAAUGGACAGUGCUAUCGGAAAGUAACUUAUGGUUUUCUGUGUAAUUUUACUCAACAAUGUGGUUAUAUUGGCGCUUUUUGCACCGAUGGAAUUUGCCUUUGUCAAUCGGGUUACGCUUUUGAUGGAAGCAAAUGUAUUUCGCGUUCUAAGACAUGUCCUGGAAAUCAGAUAGCCAUUGGUGAACGAUGCUAUCCAUUUGCUCUAUUAGGUGAAGCAUGUGUAUAUAGUGAACAAUGUAUCGACAAAUGGUAUCCAUCACUUUUAUGUAUCAAUGGUCAUUGUGUAAUGCGAAUGGAUGAUGAUACUAUAAAACCAAAAUGCGCUGAUCCAAGCGCUGAAGUGGAAUAUAUGAAUGGUACGGUGAAGAAUUGUUUAUAUUGGCCCUGUACAGUUGGUUACUUUUGCGAAUACAAUGAAUUCCAAAAUGGCGGACAAUAUAUUUGCUGUGGUACCAAUGCUAACAAAAUUUAUGGCAAAGUAAAAUUUUAUCCGGGUACCAACAAGCCAUUACAUUGUUCUACAGCUGACAGUUGUCCAUUUUUCGAUGCACAAAAUUGUGUGAUGUCUUAUCGAUAUGGUUACAAAGUUUGUUGCUCAACUAUGAAUUGUUGA